ACUGUCUAACAUAACACUGAUGUUCUAGUGGAGCAAGCAUAACAUACUUUGCUGCUAUCAAAGAUGACUCUUACCUUGGUUGAAUCCCUUCUUCUGACCCUGAUUAUUUCAGUACUCAUCUUCUCUACAUGGAAUUCCUUAUACCGAAGACGUAACUUGCCUCCAGGUCCAACACCAUUACCCAUUGUUGGAAAUGUCUUCCACAUUAAGAGAGGAGAGAUGGUCAAAUCAUUGAUGGAGUUAAAAGAGAAAUAUGGCUCAAUAUACACUGUGUAUUUUGGACAUUAUCCUAUAGUUGUCUUGUGUGGUUACGACACUGUCAAAGAAGCACUAAUUGACCGUGCAGAAGAAUUCGGGGGCCGGGGAAGGCUUCCCACGUUUGAUCAGUUUGUGAAAGGAUAUGGGGUAGGUUUUAGCAAUGGGAGUAGAUGGAAGGAUUUGCGCAGAUUUUCCCUUACAACCCUAAGAAAUUUUGGCAUGGGAAAGAAAUCCAUUGAAGAAAGGAUCCAAGAAGAAGCCCAUUUUCUCAUAGCAGAGAUCAAAUCACAAAAAGAACAAUUUGUCGACCCGACCAGAUUUCUACUCCAGUGUGUCUCAAAUGUAAUUUGCUCCAUUGUGUUUGGAAACCGCUUUGAAUACAGUAAUGAUAGCUUCCAGAAGCUCCUGGGCAUGUUUCAUGCUGUAUUUCGGGAUAUGAGCACUGUGUGUGGACAGUUACAGGAGAUGCUGCCAGCAGUCAUGAGCUAUAUACCAGGACCGCACCAGAGAAUAAACAAAAGCAUGGAAAAACUCACCGAUUUCAUCAAGGAACGAGUAGAAAUGAAUAAGGAGUCAUUUGAUCCCAACUCACCCAAGGAUUUCAUUGAUUGCUUCCUCUUAAGACAGCAGCAGGAAAAGGACAAUCCUAACUUUGACAGGGAGAACAUGAUAAUGACCAUAUUCAACUUGUUUUUUGCUGGGACUGAAACAGUCAGCAGUACCCUAAGACAUGGACUUAUGAUACUUAUGAGGUACCCUGAAAUACAAGCUAAACUACAUGCGGAAAUAGACCAUGUUAUUGGUGAAAGUCGCAUCCCAAACCUUGAGGACCGCAGCAAAAUGCCAUAUAUGGAAGCCGUAAUCCAUGAGAUCCAGAGAUUCGUUGAUAUUCUCCCACUGAAUCUUCCCCACGCAACAACAAAAGAUGUUGACUUCAAGGGAUACACUAUUCCGAAGGGCACAGAUGUCUAUCCAUUGUUGUGUUCUGUUCUUAAAGACCCUACAAAAAUUCCCUGCCCCGACAAUUUUGAUCCUACCCAUUUCUUAGAUGACAAGGGAUGCUUUAAGAAAAAUGAGACCUUCAUGCCAUUCUCUGCAGGGAAACGGGUAUGUGCCGGAGAAGGUUUGGCCAGGAUGGAGCUGUUUCUUUUCUUUACAACCAUCCUACAGCACUUCAAGUUAACUCCAGAGAGAGAAAUCACGGACAAUGAUAUCAAACCCCUGAUGACUGGUUUUUCAAAUAUUCCCAAAUUUUAUCGGAUGUCGUUCAUCCCGCGGCUUUAAUUUUGAAUAAGGAUGGCAUGUAGUCUUACUUCAGAUGCAUCAAAUAAGCUUCAGAUGUGUGAUCCUUUCUUUCAGGGGGGCUGGGUCUUGCAAAUGGGGUCACAGAAGAAAAAAAGACACAAAUGAAGUCUUCUGAAAAUUGUAUGCAAUAACUAAUCAUGUGUAACACGUGUUAUGUGGCAAAUGUAUAAUGCAUGUGACCUUGAUUAUUCAGAAAGUCAACAAAUUUAAAGUAAAGCUAAGAAAAUCAUUGUAUUAGUCUCUAUCAAGUGUUCAUUGGCUAUUUGAAUCCUUUGAAUCCUAUUUGAAUCCUUUCAUUUCAGCAGUUGAGAAACAUGGCACCCAUUGACCCUUUAAUAUCACACAUAUUUCACUAGAAAGGGGUAUUCCAGCCAGAAGCAGUUACUAUCUGUUAGAUAGCAUUCUAGGAGGAAGUCCAACCACUGGGACCUACACCGGUCCCCAGAUAUGCUGCAUCCUCAGCCAUAAACUCAACCACCACUCUAUUUAAAUUCCUCCUAGCCACAGCUAUGUGCCCUGAGGCAAAAGGGGACCGGGGACCACUGUUCUGGUGAUCGUCGGGGGUGCCACCAGUUAGAACCCCACGAACAAACAUUUAUAACAUGUGCAGUGGAUAGGUGACAUAUGCUUCAUUGUGAUUCACCACUUGUGCUGCUUAAAUGGCAGUUUCUUUAUUAUGCUAAUAACGUGUUAUUCAUCUUUUUCUGCAUGACAUGGAAGGCAAUUAUUUUUUGCCAAUUUCACACAAAUGCCAAGAGAUUUUAU